AUGCAAGAAGCCCAUAAACGCGUGGCUCACUCGCUUCGCCCUUCCCAGCCUGCUGCAGGACAACAAGUGGACCGUUGCCACAACCGCAUUGCCAAGAAGCCCAUAAACGCAUGGCUCACUAGAUUCGCCUCUCGCCGCCUGCUCCAAGACAACGAGUGGACUGUCGCUACUGACCUGUGCUCUACCGACCACAUAGGCAAGAAGCCGAUAAGCGCAUGGCUCACCCGGUUCGCCUCUCGCAGCCUGCUGCAGGACAACGAGUGGACCGUUGCUAGUGACCUGCGGUCCAACGCAAGGUCAUCAAUGGCUCGUCUCCCUGCUGCUCUCGUGCUCCUCCUGCCCUCGCUCAUCCACGUUCCCUCCCCGUCCUCCCCCCCCAAUCCCCAAUCAGUGUGUGCAAGCGCAAGCCAAGCGAAGCAACAGCAGAAGGAGGAGCAGAGGAAGGCUGACGAGGCCCAGCGCCAGGGGGGGAUGCACGCCGGUGCUGGUGGGUCUGAUGCGGUUGAGAGAGCUGCAGAUGUUGGAAUGGCUCUUGGUGGUGAUGUUGAUGGUGGGAUGGUGGAGAAAGGAGUGAAGGAGGGGGAGGAGAAGGAGGAGGAAGACAAGAAAGAAGGGGAGAAGAAGGAGGAGAGGAAAAAGGAGGAAGAGAAGGAAGAGGAGGACAGGAAAGUGGAAGAGGAGGGUGCUGAUAUCGAUACUAUCAUUGACCAGAUGGUCGAUGCUGACAUGGCCAAACGGCGCGCUGCCAUUGGCCCUCAUCCUCCCAACUCACCCCAACUCGAGGCUCCCCAUACCUCGGACAACCACAAGAAACCACAGCUUCUUCUGGUGCCACCCAAUGCAUCCAUGUCCAACUCUUUUGGUGCCGAAUCCAACCACCCCACUCUCCUUCUACCCCAGUCUAUGGGUGACGUGCUACAGGUGUUCCAGUUUCACCGGGAGUUCACCCGCUUUGCCAGGAUCUCCCCUGUCCCAUUACGUAAGCUCGCACGCGCGCUUGCACAAGCGGACGAAGAGCCUGGGUGGCUGGUUUUGUCCGACCUGCACGCUGGGCUGUUCCGGGCGCUGCUGAAUCUGGGCGGCGGGGAGGUGCCGGGCGGGCAUGAGGGGAUUGGCGUGAGUCAGAGGGUUCUGGACCGGUGGAAGAGGCUUCUGAAUGCUGCCACGUGGCAGGAGGUCAUUCGCAGGUAUCUCAUCAGGGCGAGCCCCAUGCCCCCUCUCCUCGCCACGGUUGCCCACGCGCUCUCCUGCCGUUAUGCGCUCGCCUUGCCCCCCGGGCUGCACCUCUCCGUGCUCUCCCUGCUGCUCUCCGACGUGCUUGACUCUGAGGAGACGCGUGAGAUGCUCGCAGAGAACAUGGAUGCUUCGAUUGAGCUGGGGAAGAAGCGGAGCGUUGAGGUGCUGGAGGAGCGGAGGGUGCGGAAGCAGCAGGAGGAGCAGCGGGUGGAGCGGGAGAAGAAGGAGAAGGAGGAGAAGGAGAAACGGGAGAAGGAGAAGAAGGAAGGGGGAAAGGAGGAAGGUGGCAAAGGGAAGGGGAAGAAGAAAGAGAAAGAGAAGGGGAAGGAGGAGGAGCAGGAGAAGGAGAAGGGGAGCGAGAAGGGGAGCGAGAAAGGGAGUGAGAAGGGGGAGUGUGAUACAGACGAGGAGGUGGAGUUUCUGUUUGCAGUGCCAGAGGAAGUGAGGGAGUACAGGGGCGACCCCAUGGACAGGCGGGCAGUAUUGGCGCAUAAAGAGAAGCUGAGGCAGGAGGAGGAGCGCAUGGGCAGGCUGAAGAGCGAGUACAUUCGGCGCAAGGAGGCAGAGAAGCGAGCUGCAGAGAGGGCACGGACCGAGAUGGAGAGAAAGCGCAUGGCACAGGAGCGAAAGCGGGAGGAGGAGUGGAAGAAGCGAGAGGAGGCGUAUGAAAAGGAGAUGGCUUGGCUGGUGGUGCGAACAGUGCCCCUGGGGUUGGAUAGGCACUACAACCGGUACUGGUUGCUCAGUGGUGAGCCUAAGGUGGUGUGGGUGGAGGAGAGAGGAGGGAUGGUGGGAGAAGGGGAGGUGUGGCGAGGAGGAGGGAGCGGAGGAGGAGAAGGCGAGGGGGGAAGUGAGAGAGGAAGGGUGGGAGGUGAGGUGGGGACUGGGUGGUCUGGUUCUCGCUGGUUCUGCUACACUUACCGCGAGGAUAUAGAGGAGCUUAUAGCGAGUCUGAAUGUAAAGGGGAUAAGGGAGGCUGCACUGAAAGCAGCGCUUGAGAAGGUGAAGGGGAGGCUUAUAGCGGGGAUGAAGAAAAGGGGGUCUGGUGUGGGGGGGAGGGAGAAGGGGAAGGGUGGAGGAGGGGGAGGAGGGGAAGGGGAGGACGGGAAAGGGGAGGAGAAGGAGGAGGAGGUAGAGGUGGAGGAGGAGAAGGAUAGUGAGGAGGAUGGAGAGAAGAGGGGAGAGGAAGAGAAAGGAAAAGUGGAGGAAAAAGGACCUGGUUCUGAUGGGGUGGAGGCGGAGAGAGAGGUGGGGCAGAAACGAGAAGAGGAAGGGAGGUGGAAGGGGGAGGCGAGCCUGAUCGGCGAGAAGCUCCGAGAGCAACUGGAGGGGUUGAGAACGGUAUUGGAGAGGCUAAAGGCAGCUCCGCCUCCUGCUGCAGCCACUGCUGUGGCUGCUUCUGUGCUCGUACCAGUUCCUACUACUGCUGCUGGUGCUGCUGCUGGUGCUGGUGCUGCUGCUGGCACUAGGAGCAAGGCAGCCACAGCUACAGCUGCGACACCUGCUCCCAGUUGGGGUGUUUGGGCCGCUCUAGUCUGCAAAGCGGCUGCCGUUGCCCCACCUAAAUCGGAUCAGAUCAAGUUAGGGGGCCUUCACAGCUCCUCUGGUUUAGCUGUCUUGAUGGGCGGCAAAAAUCGUCUUGACUCUCGUGCUCCUGCUGCUGCUUCGGAUACUGCAACAGCUGAACCAGCAGCAGCAGAAACAGGAGCAGAGGCAGGAGCAGGAAAGAUCGGAGCAGGAAAGGCAAAAGGAGGAAAGGAAGGAGGAGAAAAGGGAGGAAAAGAGAGGGCAGGAGCAGAGGCAGGAGGAGUCAAUCUAGUCAAGGGAGUCAGCAGUGAGCGCGUCCAGCUGGCGCGCCAGGUGGCAGCGCUACGGCGGCUGUUGCUGUGCGCUGAGGUGGCAGCUUUCAAGCUUUGUGACGGUGCUCUUGGGGAGGCGAGAGGUGCGGGAGGUGGGAAGGGGAAGGAGGAAGAAGGAAGUGAGGGAGAGGAGAGAGAGGAGGAAGAGGGAGGCUUGAAAGGAAAGAAGGACGCUGGGAAGGCAGGGAAAGGUGGUGGUGGUGAGGGAGGGUUGGGAGCAGACAGGGAGGGGGGAGCGAGGCAAGAGGGGGAAGAAGGGGAGGAGGAGGAGGAGGAGGAGGAGGAGGAGGAGGAGGAGGGAGGAGAGGAGGGGGAGGAGGAUGAUGCAGCGACAGUGAGUGAAGCGGAGGAGCACGAGGAGGAGGAGGGGCUGAAGGGCCCGUCUGCUUCGCGCUGCUUGUGGCGGUCGAGGCGAGUGCGGCGCGUGUGGCGGAGGGAGGUGAUGGGUGCUCGCACGCUCGCCACCCUCACCUAUCUCGCUGCCUCCCUCAGGUGUGUUUCCCCGUCGGACCACCUGCCUCUCUCAGGAGGAGUUGGGGCUGAAGGGCCCGUCUGCAUCGCGGUGCUUGUGGCGGUCGAGGCGAGUGCGGCGCGUGUGGAGGAGGGAGGUGAUGGGUGCUCGCAGACUCACCACUCUCGCAUACCUCUCUGCAUCUCUCAGGUGUGUUUUUUCUUGUACUAG